ACGUGUGAAUUUCCCACCGUUUAAAGGUCGCUCGUGGGUGCGCACUGAUCCAUGUCCCAGCCUUUUUGGAAACAGGCCUUCAGACCCUCCUCACACACUCCUGACUCUCCACGUCACUUCACAGACAAACUAACCGGACUUCAUUCCUGCGUGUGUCUCAUCGUUGCAGGUUUAUGGCGUGGCACGAACACAUCCGUCUAAACUGAGUCUCUGCACAUGUUUGAGCUCCAAAGAUAGCAGCAUUACGCACCAAGGGCCCUUUGUUUCAGCUCAUAACCAUCAGUCCACUCCAGAAGUGAUGGUGCUGUGGCACCGUGGACAACUAUCACAGGAGAAAGUUUAAUAUCUGAGAACUGAACAAAGCCAUGAGGGACCGACUGAGCCACCUGCAGGAAAUGUCCAAUGGGUCCGUGGAACCGAUGGAAUAUGCCGAGUCCACAGUGUCCGACACGUUCAGUAAUGUGGACCUGGAAGAGGAGCUGCCCCAUGAGGCCAUCGUGUUCGACAACAGCCCCGUUCUGGCCGAGGUCUUCUCCCAGUCACAGGAGAUCCACAGAGAGGUCCAGCUCAUCCGCCUGGAGGUGAAGAGGCUUCGUGAGCAGAACUCCCGCAUGCUCCAGGGCACUACCACCAUGAGCACUAUCAAAAGGGACUCCAAUGCCAUCGGUGCUGACAUCAAGUCCAGGGCUGAGGGUGUGUUGUCUCGCCUGAAGGACAUGGACGGCACCGCUCAUAAGCUAGAAGAAGUCCACGGCUCUAAUUCUGCCAUCACACGGAUCGCCAGAACCCAGUACGCUUGCCUCAGCAAUGGUUUCCGCGAUGCCAUGUUUGACUAUAAUGAAGCUGAGAUGAGCCACCGGGAAAACUGUAAAGCCCAGAUCCAGAGGCAGAUGGAGAUAGUAGGGCGUGAGGUGACGGGGGAGGAGGUGGAGGAGAUGAUCGAAACGGGUCAGUGGAACACCUUCGCUGACAACAUUACGACUGAGGGGAAAACGGCGCGAUCGGCUUUGACCCAGAUCGAGAAGCGGCAUCAGGAGUUGCUGGACCUGGAGAACCGGAUCAAAGGCAUCCAUGAGAUCUUCCUGGACAUUGCCCUGCUGGUGGAGGAGCAGGGGCCCAUGCUGACCUCCAUCCAAACCAACGUACAGAAAACUGACGAACACUUGCAGGACGCCCUCGUCAAACUGGGCAAGGCCAAGCGUCACGACAAGAACAACCCUUUUAAGAAGAUGUUCUGCAGCUGCUUCCCCUGCUACAACUAAAGAACGCAUUAAUUAAACUAUCGCAAAGCAUGAAAGUGGACAAUCCUCAGCACAGAGAACCUUUUUAGUAUGUCAUUGUAUGUGGUUUUUAAUGUGACAAAGCAUCUGUAAGCACAACCUGAUGAGUCAGAAACAGGCAUCUCGUAUCAAAUUUUAGUCCCCCAUGAAUGAUGUGUACUGUAGUUUUUGGAUUUUUUUUUUCUUUUAUCCAGUUGAGUUUUUACAUCAGAGGGGAUUUAUGGAAUAAACAGUGUGGUUACUGACAGAAGCAUUAAACUGCAGACAGUUCUAUGAAAGACGAGACACAUAUUUAUCCUUCUAAUGAGAGUAAACUGUCCUGGUAGGUAUCGAAAUAAUACAUGGUGCAAUAUGGAAAUUUAACCAUCCAUUAAGUUAUUUUUCAGUGUUUAAUUCUAAGUCAUUCUGGUAAAAUAAAACACUGUCGGAGAUGUCACUAAGAUGAGGCUGUACAGUGUAAUUCUUAGGGAUAAAACUGUAAAUGUUUCCUUGAUGAUGUUCACCGUGCCUUUGUUUUAAUCAUAAUAUUACACAUGGAUUAUGUAGCUGAUGUGUAUUUUAUGAGUGCAUUGGAUUGAUAAUGGCAUGUUUUUGUCUUGCCUGCUGUGGUGUCAUGUAUAUUACAUAAAACAACCUAAUUAAAAUACA